AUGGCCGAAGCAAUCGGACUACUGACUGGCCUGAUCGGAGGCUGCGAUGUUAUUUUACGUGCCUCGACUGCGAUAGUUGCCUAUAUCUCAGACAUCAAGGAUGCGCCCAAGGAUAUCAAAAACCUUAGGGAUGAGAUAGAAAACCUCGAAGCAAUUGUUUCUGCGGUACGAGGUUUUUUCCAAUCACCGAAAGCGAGUCGGCAGGAGUUCGUCGCCUCUUCACCCAUUACGUCCAUUGUCCAACAAUGUGAAAGCUUUGUCACGGAGCUCAAGGAAAAAUUCGAGGUUGACGCGAGUAAACCAAAAGCGCUAUGGGUCUUGGGAUCAAAGGAGCGGUAUCGUUCAGCCCUUCAAGAUGCAAACCGCUACACGGGCAUAUUUCAGCUCGGUCUGAGUCUUAGCGGCUGGGGGCUUCUUUCCAAGUCAUCUGAAGAAGCCAUGGAUGAGAUGAAAGGUAUUCGCAAAGACCUUCAGAAAGUGAUAAGAAUAAUAGAACCUAUCGAUGAGAUGAAAGCGGACGUCAAAGAGUGGAAGGAUCAUGUCAAGCUUAUCGAAGGGGCGAUGGAAUUCUGCAAAAGAACGACUGGGGAUACCGAUGCAGUUCUGACAGUCGAACAAGUCUUAAUGAGAAAAAAUGAGGAAUAUCUGGCAAAGAUUCGGACGCGUGAGAAGGAAGGGCUUUUAAACUUCAUCUCAGAAGACAACUUCCUUAACAAACACCUUGAUGUUGUCAAGGUCCGGCACAAAAAUACGGGUUUGUGGAUCCUAGAGAAGCCCUCAUUCAGAAACUGGUUCCAAACGCCCUCAGAUCACAAGUCUCUAGAAGGAUCAAGGAUACACUCCACUCUUUGGUGCCAUGGUGCGCCUGGAGCUGGGAAGACGGUGAUAUUUAGUAGAAUGGUUGAUUACAUGAAACAGCAACAGAGCAGCCUAGAUAUUGUCGUUACGGCGGUCUAUUUGAGUCAUAACAAUCCAUCAAUGCAUCAUGUCGAUCGCAUUUUGCCAGGUCUGGUCAGGCAAAUUUCGGAGGCAUUAUACGAUGGUCAUGAUAAUGUUAAGUCAUGGGUGAGGGAGCUCAUGCUGCUUUGCAAGGGUCCACCGGAAAGAAGUCUGUCGCCAAAUGAUUACAUCGACUUGCUCCAGAAAUUGACGACCACUGGUAAGACCUUGAUUGUUUGUUUCGACGGACUCGACGAACUUCCAGAGAAUCACCGAAGGCAACUACUGCAAAACAUAGUGACAAUGGCACGCUUGCCCAGAAUCAAACUGCUCCUUAUGUCCAGGUCAAAUUUCAACAUAGGUAGCCUACCAUGUCGAGAGCUUCAGAUCUCUGCCCGCGACUUUGACCUCCGAGAAUUUCUGACUUUCGAAUUUAAUGAAAUCCACGGAUUGAUGGUUCAAAACAGUCCUGUAGAAAAGGCGAACAAUCUUCACAGGCUUGUGAUUGACAGAAUCAUCGCAACUUCAAAAGGCAUGUUUCUUCUCGCAAGCCUCCAGGUGCGCCAACUUGAAACAGCUACCUCUAUUCGAGAAAUUGAAGACGUUCUUAGUGAACUACCAGAGGAACUAGAAGGACAAUAUCAGAGUUAUGUCGCUCGUAUCAAAUCAGGACCCCGUGCAAAGCUGGCUAUGAAUGCUCUGAGGUGGGUUACGUUUGCAUAUCGUCCUUUAACCCCAGACGAACUGGUUGAGGCCCUCGCUGUACGAUAUGGGGAUUCCGAUCAAGAUGAAACUGGAUUUACCGGUAUUGGGACAAUUAUAGAAGCUUGUGGGGGGUUGAUUGCGUUUGACCGGAACACAAAUGAUGUUCGACUUGUCCACGAGACACUGCGAGAACAUCUAGAAAAACACCAAGUUGAGCUGUUCAAAACCACUCAUCUGUCGAUCUUGGCGAUUAUCGCGACUUACUUGAAGUUCAAGCCUUUUGGGGAGUCAUGCUCUCCGAUGACGGAUAAGCAUUGGUUUGAAUUACGGCACAUUUUAAAAAAGUACAAGCUGGCGGAAUACUGUUUUCGACACUGGGACUAUCAUGUCAAGCAAGCUGGAAUACCGGCAUUGCCUGUUGCACUUCAGAUUUCAGAAACAAUAUCAACAUCUGAAAUCCUUUUGCAGUUUGUCACAUUGUUGCGGUUACUACCUUCUCCUGCAUUUGAAGCAGGACAAUUUACACCGCUGCACGUCGCGGCCCUGUGGAAAAUAGUGGCCUUGAUACCAGUGAUCAUGAGAAGGAGCCCCUCCACGCUGAACAAAAAGUCAUCUUAUGGCUUUACGCCGCUUCAUGUGGCCUCUACAACGGGGGACUACUGUUUUGUUGAAGAAUGCAUCAAGUUCGGGGCAGACAUUCAUGCUCACGAUAACCAAGGCAGAAUGCCCAUUCACCACGCAGCGGCAUUUGGAAAUUCGGCACUACUUCCCCUUUUGUUAAAAGCGAAUGGUGUCGUCUCACCUAUCUCUGGCGAGACUACAAAGGAUUACCAUAUGAGUCCACUCCACGUAGCCAUUUCGAAUAGGCACCUGGAAUUCGCCGAAGGUCUACUACAACAUGGAGCUGACCCAAAUGCUACAAUUGUUUCGACGGGCCAGACAACACUCCACUAUGCAUACCAGUUCUGCCCCAGCGCAGUGAUUCCGCUUCUUGAUUAUGGAGCUGCAUUGACGGCUAGCUCAAUUAAUGGUCGGACAUGCCUGCAUUGGGCGUGUCUGGCGGGUAGUAUCUCCCUAACUAUGCGUCAAGUUCUCCAAGACCAAUCGGCAGAGUCUCGAGAUUCAGAAAACCGUACACCUCUUCAUAUUCUAUCAAGUGCGAGACAGGCAGAUAUUGAUACAGCGAGAUGGCUUGUAAAACUCGGGUCGAAUAUCAGUUCUAAGGACAAGGAUGGAAUGACGCCUUUGCACGUUGCCCUUCGCGCACAAAAUUUUGAGUUGGCCGAUUUCCUGGUUACGAAGGGGUGUGAAAUUGAUACUGCGAGCACGGAUGGCGAUAUGCCAGUCUUGAUAGCGGCACGAGAUAACCACUGCCCGGAGAGCUUACUCAUGAAGAUCGCAUGUACACUCAGUCGGCCUGGCCGGGAUACCUUGCUUCAUCUAGCUGUCCGCCGCCAAAAUGCGGAUGAAGUAUCCGGUCUAUUAAAGUGCAAGCUUGACGUAAACGCUCAAGAUCGCCGUGGUGAAACGCCACUUCUUAGCGCGGCCCGUCUCCAUCGUGUCAAAAGAUAUUCUACUAUGGGAAGAUCCCGGUCUGACAUCGUCAGUCUCCUUCUGUCUAGCGGGGCAGAUCCUGACGCGCAAUCCCAGGGGGGGUUGACACCAAUUCAGAUAGCAGUGAUACGAAAUUCAUCGCAAUUGCUGGCCCAGAUGCUGGGAUCCGAAUCAACCACAAACUAUGGGAAGAGCGACAUAUUGCCGAAUGGCACAUCAUUAUUGCACUAUGCUGCUAUGUUCUCCGUACCGUGUUUUGAAAUCCUUUUUGUACAUACAACCAAAUUCUCUCCACUAGCUGAUCACUCUACUCUACUAGUUGACUUGAUCUAUCAGCUACAGGGCUCUGAAUCAUCAAUCAUCCAGAAUGAAAAGUUUGGAGUAACGACUGAGCCGCCGUCGAGUCUCGACAAAGGUUACCGGAUACCUGGAGGUCAUCAAAGUCUCGAGCUGGAAGAUGAGCCCACCAUUUGUCAAACCUUAUUAUCCCACUGCAUGCCCUGUGAAAGGUUUGUCUCACUUUGCGAAAAGAUAUGCAUUGUGGCAAGUGCUAUGCCCGACGACCAGCGAUUGGAGAUCUUGAUCGACACAUCUGUAGACGAAUGGUACGAACGGAUUACGCAAGCAGCCAGCCAGGAUGCCAUGCCCGAUAUGGCCUUGACACCAUGUCAAAGGGUGGCAAGACGAGCAUAUGAAGCAAUGACUCAACCCAGUCGUGGGUUUUCAGACAGCAUAAACAUUGCAAACAACGCAGAGAAUUUUACAUGGGAAGACGGCGUAUCAUUGUUGAACGAUAGGAAGAGGUCUAGUCGUUUGGAUUUCAAAAACAGAAGCAGGUUCAGCUUGAGGCCUGUAUUUGGGGAGGAAUCGCGUAUAGAUGGCCGACGACCUACGAUGCACGGCAUCAUGUUUUCUGGAAGACAACUUAAACAUAUUGACAGGAAUCGUGAGCGGACAAAUAUGAGCCUUCUCAGAAGAUAG